ACAGGUGAAUUUUCUUUUGACUAAUAAAAGUUCACAAAAAGAAUAAAAAUACUGACAAGUCGGCUCCAUUUUUAAUGGUGAUUCCAAAUAUGUUAUUGGUUUUCACUCAUGCUGUGUUUGUUUCACCGAAAGUUGCGAAUUAUAUGUCAAAAAAAGUAGAAAAUAAUAUCUACACAUUAGUCUUUCAGGAAGUUUGUAAAUUACGAAUAUUUUAGGAGUUUAGAAAAUGCAUGGUUUUAUAGCAUUGCAAGAGCUCUAUCGACGGAUAUGCGGAGAAUUACAUGAACUGAAUGAUGUGAUUCUCUAUCGAUCAUCAAACUACUAAUAGAACAGAAUUUUCAUUUAACUUACCACGAAUCGACAAUUAAAUGACAAAUAAGAGAUAUGAAUGAACUUUUUCCGAUAAACUUAUGUUGAAAUGAAUCUAUCUAGAAUUCAAUGUUCCAUUAGAUGAUGCAUAAUGUCGGCGUGCGCAGCGUAAGGUUCAAUUCAGAAAUCACUCAACCUAUAUCGACUAUGAGAAAACGUAGUGGGUGUAAAAGAAAAAGCUGGCAUGUGAACGAUCCUCCUUUUCCUCCUGUCCUUUUUUUUUCAAAACCAUUUCCCUCUUUAAAAAUUAAACGUAAUCUAAUCAUUUGGCUCCUAUUCACUGCUCCUGUCAUACUUCUUUCGGAAGAAAUGAAACGGGAAACAUAUUAGCCAUAUACAUAGGUAGAAGACUGUUUUGAAAAAAGAAGGAUAGGAGAAAAAGGAGGAUCAUUCACAUGCCAGAAGAAAAAGUAAUGAAGACGCGUCGUAGCAAAGAAGAGAAUAUCAAUUGUAAGAUAUUUUCUGUGGCACACGUUGUUAACGGGAGGUUUGAUCUUUUAGAUCAAUAGUAAAUCUUUCUCUGUUUUAUUUUUUAAACGACAACAACAUAUAUAUGAUCCAAAUAGGAGAAAACCUAAUUACACUUGGAAGAAAACAUGAUGUGAUCGAAAAAACCUAUACCAUCUUAGGAGAAGAGAAGGAAAGAAAAAAACAUAUAUAUGUAUCUUGCGUGUUAUCUAUGUACGAUAGGAAAACAGAAGAACAGAGAAAAGGGAAAGGAAAAUACCUGAUAUAACUAAGUAACACUGUAACACACGUAUUUUCUGUCUGAUGAAUGGGGAUAUUUGUAUGAGUGACAGUGACAAAAUAGAUGACUAAAGAAAAAAAGGAUGUCGGUCUAGUUUAUAGAAACCCAUGUAUGCAAAACAAUUAAAAUAUGCGUAUCUAGUCUUGCGGACGAGCUGACUUUUCUUCGCUCUUUUGCCAUGCCAUUCUACUCAUACAUUCAGAUGACUAUAUAGUAACAAAUCAUAUCUUUUUGUUAUGUUUUGUUAGAUUUUUCUGUUGCGUAUGUAAAACUUUGUAGAUAGAAGUGUUGUCUAUUCAUUUCUAUCAACUCAUACUAAACAAUUCAACGGUUUAAUCGCGCUUUCAAGAAAAAUGAUAAAUAUUUACAAUGUCCUAAUCUUAUUCAAGAAUCUGAUACGCCGAAAAUACCCGGAAUCCAUUCAUAACGACCCAACAUUUAAGGAUCAUGAGUUAGCGGAUCAUUUGUUUAUAUUAUUUGAUCAACUAUUAAAUUCAGCAGAAUUAUCAGUCGACAACAUUGUAACAUUAGAUUUCGAUUAUUACAAUGGCGAUGAUCAUGAUGAAUAUCAAGAGAAAGACAACGAUGAAGAUUUAACUUGCAUCGAUGGUGUGAAAUAUUAUGAUACAAUGUGUUCAAUAGUUGAAUACUCAAAAACUCAUACUUUCUUAUCGUUACGUAACCGUUACAAAAAUAUAAAAUAUAAAGAACAAUUACGCCACAUAAAAAGAUAUGUUGAUUCUCAAGGCACAAAAAUUCAAAAACUUCAACGCAUUGAUGAAUGUGUCUAUGUGGAAUUUCUUCGUGCUAGAGAAUCAUCUCUGCUCGUACAUGAUUCCGAUAUAAGACGAUUGGCUUUUAAAAAAGCACACAGCUUAAAUUUGAAUGAUUUUACGGCAUCUCAUCAUUGGAUAUUAGACUUCAAACGUCGUCAUCAGAUCUCGUCAAGAAAAAUAGCAAAGCUAGUAACAAAACAUAAUUUAGAAGACCGUGAUAAAAUAUUAAAGUCUGCCGAAGAUUUUGCAAACAAAGGGAAAGAUAGAUUUCUAAAUUAUGCUGCAGAUCAUAUAUGGAAUAGUGAUCAAAGCAGUUUCAAUACUAUAAUGCCACGAGGUAUUUAUUUCUCAACUGAACUGAAGAAAGUUUUGUUUUGUAUUAUUACAUUUGUUGAAAAUGAAAAAGAUGGACCACUGAUUCCUCUUAAUAACUGCAAUGCUCGACUUGUGGCUAUGCUUGGAAUCUCAGAGACUUCUUUGUUACGCUUGAAGAACGAGAUGAGAAUGUUACAAGUUGCUCAGGAAGAACUCCAACCACAUCAUCUUCGUUCACAAUCGAAAGCACGAAGACCAUUAAAACAAAAACCACGAUCUUCUUCUGCAGCAUCAGCACUGAUGACGAAUGUACUUCCUGAUCCCCAGCCCCCAAAUCAACGAGUAGGUCGAUCAUCUGUGCACUUAUCCGAACAAGCUGAUAGUGAGAUCAGAUAUCAAUUCCAGCUAUUGUUGAGUGAAAAAAUUUAUCCAACAACAACAAAUAUUCUUGAAAGAUUGCACGCUGCUCAUGAUGAUUUUCCAAUCCAAUCUAAAACAACUCUUCGUCGUAAUCUUCAUCGAAUAGGUUUCCGUUAUAAAUCUACAACAAAAGUCAAAAUUCCACUUGACCACGUUUCAUUUGUUGUUCAACGUGCGAAAUUUUAUCGCAAGAUCGAUGAGU